AUGCUGCCGUGGACCGAGUGGGCCUCUGACAAUUCCAUGUGUGCUUCCACUCGCACCGCUCGCGCUGAACCGAAGACAUUGGACGCGGCUGCGUUCUGCACUCCCGAUUCCUUCGUGGACGUGGCGAACCAAUGUUUGGUGUGGCAGUGUCUGCCAGUGGGUCUGCAUGUGGAGCUUCCUGCUCUGGAAGCUGCAGUAACAGAUGCCCCGCUUCCACUUCCCUUCUUCGUGGACGACGAGGACAUGUUGCAGGAUCUGCUGAAUGCGGAGCCCUCUUCAUCCUCCAGGCAGAGGAAUACAGACGAGGAUGCCAUUGUGCCUCGGGCUGAGGCGCAGGUGUCGGUGUCCUGCGCAAAGCCAUUGAACAGAGAUGAAAAGGCUCUUCUGGCAGCUUUGCUGGAGCAAGGGGCCGUGGGAGACCACGGCUGUGAUGCAUUGUCGCUGCACACAUACAAUGCCCAGGCUGCAGGGGCCCUGCGUGAAGCCGGUUACGUGAGCACGUGGGAGGGUGAUUUUGGGGAACUGGUGCUUGCGGUGACUGAGACGGGGCGUGUCUCGCCACAAUUGGAUCUGAGUAGCCCCUUGCGUUUGCGAGACAUGCCCAGCGAAGGUCACUCUGGGUUCCGAACAGGCCAGUGCAAGCUGGAAUGGCUGCGACUGCUGCUGCAACACCAGUGGCAGUAUGACGAGCAGUGUCCAGAGUGGCAUGACAAAGACGCAGCUCUGCUGCUGCCCCAGAAUGCCUUGAGCCGGCCAGAGGCAUAUCUAAAAUGCAUGCUGUGCCUCAGUGUGGUCUGGAACAAGCCAGGAGCACCUGCAAGGAUUCUACAUCAGGCCCCCGAGCUUUACUACAAGUACUUGCUGCACGAGCCCGACCUCAGUUUUUUGCAAGAGUGGGGCAAAGCAGACAUCAUGGGCUGUAGCACAAAUCGCCGACAGGGCCGGCAGCCGAAGAAGCGUGCAAAGGCAGGUGUCGGGGCCCUGACAGCUGCGGCUGCCUUGGCAGAUAAGGAAGACUCGGACAGUGAUGAUGCCGGCCCGUUGCGAGGCCGCAGAGGGCUUCGGGAGGAGGCAGCGCUGCCUCUCCCGGACCGGCUGGUGCCCCCGCCGGUGCGUAGCCAGGUGCCUGGCGUGGACGUCACAAUCUACUUUGACAACUAUACGCACUCCAGUGGCAAUCUUCGUGCGUUUGUGGAGUGCAAGCGGCAUAAGAAGUGCCGCUUGUACGUGUUCGUGAAUAAGCACGAAAGUAGAUCGCAUGCUGUCGCGUAUUUGUUGGCGUGGCACCAGCUUGGAAGUCGUUUCGCUUCCGCUGCAACUCACAUCGCUGAGAAGCCAAGCGGUGUUGAGGUCCACGCGCAUCACUGGGCGCAGCUCCGCAACAUUUCGGCCCGUGCUGUGCUUGCCUCCGUGCGUCGCCCGGGACGCGGCUUGCCGCCUUCCCACGACAACCAGCAUAGCGGCCGCGGAACUACCCGCUUGCCCCGGCUGGUCCUCGCCUGCCGCGCUCGCCCUUGUGCAGCGCUUGCCGCGAGAAAUCGCCUUCCGAGAUCCGAGAUGCCCGCGCCCAAGGCCGUGCCAGCACCGGCAACCCCGCCGGGAACCCAGCUGCUGGCCGAGGAUGCGACCGGGGCAGCACCAGCAACCCCGCGGCCAGAGGCGCCGCAGGUGCCAGAGACAGAGCUGCUGGCCGAGCUGGCAAACGCAGCGGCUCCGGCCGAAAAGACAGAGGCUCCUACUGCGGAUGUGGCUCCUGAGUCUUCGGAGCAGAUUGAGCCAGCGCCCACGACACCGGCACUAAGUGAGCCUCGAGAGGGUGAGACGGAGAAAAAGGAAGCCGCUGUCCCGGAGAACAAGGGCGGGGACGGAGAGCGCAGCCCAAGCAAAAGUCCCUGCACGCGGAGGGCAGCCGAGGUGCUUCCCGAGGAAUCAUCCUCCAGCCCCGAAAUGGAGCUCGUCGUCACAGAAGACGCGGCCCAGGCCAUGGCAGCCGAGGAGAGGGCGCGAAAUCUCAAGAAGACGCUGGCCGAGAAGAAAAAGGAGGCAGAGCACCGGGGCGAAGACGGCCAGGACGAGACCGACACCAAGGACGACCAGGCCCAGGGCUCCGAAGGUCACAAGCAGCGGCCUGCCCACCCUGCGGUUCCACCAAAGGGGCCGCCGCCGAAGCCAAGGGCGCAGAACAACACGAACACGGGGCAGGACCCGAAGGAGUCCCAGGACUUUGUGGAAUGCAAGUUCUGCUGGAAAAAGGUGUCGCGGUGGGGCUUGGAAAACCACCAAGCUUCCAGCAACCAUUGCAAAUGGUACCAGGACCGUGCCGGGGCCAAGCCGGAGCCGCAGCGGCGCAGCCAGUACACGUGCGACGUCUGCGAGAAGGAUUUAGGCGACGAGCGGGCGCUGCAUCAGCACAAGAAGAGCGUGCACGGCAUCUGA